GAAUCUCUCCGUCAGUCGGCGACGGAGUUGCCUGGCUACAACGUGGGUGGCACGCGCGCGCGUUGCUGCUCCGACCCGGCCAGCUCGAUUCGAUUAAAGGCUUCUCGCCGCAACCCUCGCUCGUCGCGCGACAGAGCGGGAUGAGACACUACCUCGUGCGGAGGCCCGUUAUGCGUCGAGCGACGUCAACCCCUAACGAGCCGCGUGCGGCAGCAGCUGAUACGCGAGAGUAACAGAUUUCACCUGGCGCAAUAUUCACGUUCGGGACGAGACGACCAAUUCGUGCGAUCAGCCACCCUCUGCGUGAUCAUCCGCCUCCCAUUUUAUACACGUCGACGCGUGUGUCGUAUACAGAUAACGAGGCACGAGAUAGCGAGAUAGUCGGGUCUCGUCUCAGUGUCCUCGCAAACCACUCCAUGACCGCCUUCUCUUCUCGAGAGGACGAAGAGGAAGCCGAGGACGAAGAGAACCGGGCGAGUCGUGGAAGGACGACGAAUGUCUACGUGAUCGGGGAUGCCGUGCGAGAAACUUGGGAUGAAGUCCAGCAGUUGAGACGACCCUCGAAUGAGGGUGAACCGAGCGCGGAUACAACGAAGUCGAUCAAAACGCGAGACCGGGAUGCUUUGAUCCUCUGCGACCCCGAGAAAGGCGUGACCUCGGCAACAUGAUGUGGAAGGCGAAAUGGUCACGCUUCACCGAAUGCGUCUGCCGUCGACCCGGCCUCGUUCUGGUUCUGCUACCGUGCCUGAUUGUCAUCACCCUCUACCUCGUUCCCGACGACGACUACGAAUACGAAGUGCUGCAGUAUCCGUCCAUCAAGUCGUACAACAUUACAGAAGGCAUGGUAGACGGUUACCUCGUGUGGAAUCCGAAGUGUCACAUGCUGUCCAAAGAGCCUCUGGAUCCGUCCAUCACAAAAUUCGUGAGGAAGGAGAGGCUGGAGAAGUGCCCGAACAAUCUCAUCCUCUCGCAAAUUUUGAGGGAGCCUAAUGGCAGCGUGUUUCUCUCCCUCGAUCCAUCCAUACACAGCGACGUCUUCUGCUGCUGGUCAUCGGUGAUCAGACCCAAGGUGGACAAGCCUAAGAAGAACAAUUACGACUCGACAAUAUCAGUGAAGCAGUGCGAGAACUUUACGGGACAAGUGGCACUCCCGCGAGAAGUGGAAGUGGCGCACGUGUCCUGCAAGACGAGGACCAAGUCGAAACCGAAGACGAAGACGAAGUCGUCGACGAAGACGGUGUACGAGAACGUCCACGCGAUCCUGAGCCCGGAGAAGGUCCGCGAUCGCAACGUCAGCCUGUCCUCCGGGAACUCGUCCAGGAGACUGAGCGUGCUCGUCCUCGGCAUCGACAGCGUCAGCCGACUGAACUUUUAUCGCGCCAUGCCAAAGACCGAGAGGUAUCUGCGCGAGGCCGGUUGGGUCGGGCUGAAGGGCUACAACAAGAUCGGCGACAACACGUUUCCGAACCUGAUGGCGAUUCUUACCGGUCAGACUCCGCAGCAGGCGUAUUCGCAAUGCCAACCAACAGUGGCCUACAAGCUCGACAGCUGUCCGUUCCUCUGGCACAACUUCCGCAACGCCGGUUACGUCACGGCCUACGGCGAGGACGAGACUUCCCUCAACACGUUCAACUACCUCAAGGUCGGCUUUGUCGAGCCACCUACGGAUUAUUACUUGAGACCGUACAUGCUGGCCAGCGAGAGGCUCCUCAAGGUGAAGAAGAGAUUCAACAUGAAAUACUGCACCGGUCCCGAGCUGAGCUUCGACCGGAUCUUCGACUACGCCGUGAACUUCGCCCAGACGUUCGUCGGCGUGCCGUACUUCGGCUUCUUCUGGACAAACACCAUCAGCCAUGACAAUAUGAACGGCAUCUCGUCGAUAGACGCUCGCAUGUUGAAGAGAUUCGAAUUGUUGGAGCAAGAGGGAAUCCUGAACGACACGAUGAUCAUUUUUCUGAGCGAUCACGGUAUGCGUUGGGGCGAAUUUCGCACGACCUUCGUCGGCUGGUACGAGGAAAGGUUGCCGUACAUCUACAUCUGGCUGCCCGAGUGGUUCCGCCGGGAGAAUCCCGAGGCCUAUCGGGCCCUCGCGGUGAACCAGAACCGGCUCACUUCUCCGUUCGAUCUCUACGAGACUCUGAGGGACGUCCUCGUCGUAGGAGGUGGCGAUGCCGAGCCUAGUCCGGGGUGCUCCACCUGUCAGUCCCUCUUCGAGCCCGUUCCCAGAGAGAGAGGCUGCCAGGACGCGGGUGUGGCUUAUCAUUGGUGCACCUGCACGGCCUUCAAAUCGAUCAACAUCAACGAUAACAGGGUCGCCUCCGCCGGGGCGCAAAAGUUUCUGGAUCACGUCGAAAGCGUGGUGAAAACCUACAAGGACAAGAAGGGCCGGCGAUUGUGCGCGCGGCUCAAGCUGAAGAAGGUGCACCGGGUGAACGAGGUGGUCGAUUUCGGAGCGGAGAACUCGUCCAGCGUCGCGUAUUUCUACAUGCUCCAAACGACGCCCGGCAACGGCAACUUCGAGGUCACCAUCAGGUAUCACGGCGACGGCAAUUACACCCUGUCCGACAGCGAAGUCAGCAGAAUCAACCCUUACGCCACGAGCGCCAGAUGUCUGAAUCAUGGCAUGAAGCAAUACUGCCAUUGCUUGAAGUAGACACCUAGCGAACUCUCGGAAAAGGGUUCCUUUUUCGUCUCAUUCGCGCGCGUUGUACUUCAUUAGCGUUUCGAUUAAUUGAAUCGAUCACCGCACAAAAAGCUCGACUGUCCUUUAAUCAGGAAGAUUGAAGUUUUUAUCCUUCAAGUGUACAGUUAUAUCUUCAAUAUACGGACAGCGAAGGGAAUAUUCCGACUUGACUUCGUAUAACUCUUACGAAAAGCUCGCGAGAUCAUUGCGAGAAACUUCGCUUUUACGACGUGUGUUUCUCCUGCAACGAUCGAUUCAAUAUCUCUGUUAAAUGUAUCUAAUAUUACGCUCGUGUUUUUUUUUCGAUUUUUUAAUUAUAUAUACUAUAUACAAACGCGUGAGGCACAGUUAUACGAUAUGCUUAGUACAUAUCAAACAUAACGAAAUCGAUUGCCUCAUCUCAAGGAACUAGGGACCUGAGUGGUAUACAUGGAUAUAUAUACCUUCUCGUUUACCAAGAAUAACUAUAGGUCUAGAAUUUUUUAGGCCACUUGGCACUUAAAUUAUAAACAAUAAUUCAAUAGUCAGUUCGAUAUUAACAAAGUAUAAAAUAAGUUUUUUUUAUCGAUACUCUCUUCGAAAUAAAAUCAUUAUUGACGAAUGGAAAUUAAAUAUGAGCUAAAUGUCAAAAAUUUCUAAUUAGGAUGAGAAAUAUAAAUUUUUCAAGUUACAUAUAUUUUUGCACAAGAGCGUUUACUAUAAAAAACUUACAGUAUUAAAUUAACAAUAAGAAAGUAUCUCUCUCUUCAAUGAUAAUGUAUUUCAAAUAUUAUACAUUUUAUGUGUCACACAAAUUCUAUAAAUAUCAUUUUUGACAAUUAGCUGGUAUUUGUCAUUCACUCUUCAUUUUUAUAGCUUAUUAAUUGCGAGAGAAAAAAAUAAUCGUGAAAGAACGAGCACAUCGCGUAUAAAAAAUCAAUCUAGUAAAUUCCGUGCCUCUGUAACUUGUCGGGCAAUUAAUUGUCACGCAUAACGUAUCGCGAUAUCGUACAUAUCUUAUAUACACCAGAGGAUGCGCAUCGUUUUUGCGGUAAUUUUUUUCCACGCGUCGUUGCAUGUCGAUCGAUCGCGAAUAUAUAUAUAUACGACACGUCGGAAUCGAUAUACCUUAAAGAAGCAUGAAAGCGUAAGUGUAGGUAUGAGCAUACAACAACUAAGAACGUACACGGAAUGUGUGAAUGUAUUUUCGCGACGGCACUCGUUCCGUUUUACCGAUGUUGUAUUACAAGGCAUUAGCUAUUUGUAAUGCCUGUGCCUGUCUUACAAGAAGUGCCAAAUCUCCGUUCUGUGCUAACUGAGCGUCAAAACGACAAUUUCCUUACUUCCGAUACCGACGGCGAUCAUUUUCAGACCACGACAAUUUCACGACACAACUUACGUCGAAACUUGGAAAUAAACAAAAUAUUACGUUUAGAACAAUAAAAACAAAUAAUUCUGAUGUUUCGGCUCUUAAUAUUUAAUUAGUGAAUCGAUUCGUUCUUUUUCUUCAACGAAGAAUCAAGGAAUAUUACUAUCUAUCUGUUUUGCCUUACUUAAAGUCACUUUCACAUUUUUACCGAUUUUAUUUUAUUUUUGUUGAAUUUAUUUCUAAAGUAUUCUUUAAGAAUUUGAAACUUCCUGUAUAUUUUGCUACAAAGAUCGCCUUCGUGUACGAGAAGUACAAGAUUUUACGUAUAAGCUGAAAAAUAAAGGCCAAUGAAUAUAUCGCGAUAUAUAUUUUACUACGACGUUAUGUACGCUUUAUUCUAGAUAAGGCGAGAGUGUAAGAUUUAAUAAUUAGAAGACAAUGUAAUUAAACAAAAAUUAACUAAUGAGUACUUCAAGAUUAUUGGGAUAGAGAUUACCCCAUUUUAUCUCCGUUGAGAGUCAGCCAAGCCAGAUUAAAACAAAUUCUGUAGGUUACAGAAAUAUAAUUUAAUUGCCAAAAGCAAUUAGUAUUAUCGUAUUCUUCGAAUAUAAAUCCUACAAGAGGUAAUAUCAGAGAUUAACGCAAACUUAGUCAUUAACGAGUUUUCAGAUGAAAUUGUUAAUUCGGAAACUGUCUAUACAAAGAUUUGCAUAUAUAUAUCUUUGAGAAUAGAUUGUUUUUAUGAUAAAUCAUUAAAUUAAAUUAUUAAAUUACAUUA